UAUGCACGUUUUGCUUUUGAAAAGUUGAAGUUAAAAAGUUGACUUUGAAUCAAAGUUAUUUAAAUCUUAAAUCAAACUAUUUGAAAUAAAUAUUCGUCCAACGAUUUUAAGCAAAGGUCAGAAGCCAUUUAAAAUAGAAGGCUAGUGCUUUUAAUUUGAAAAUAUCGCAUCGGAAAACGUAUCGUUGUUGUCGGAUGUGAACGCAGGCACGCCGGUUGUUGACGUAGUGCUCUCAGUCUGAGACAUCGUCCCCAUUUUUCAUUCGGGCUGUAACUAAAAGUUUAAAGUUUGUAUCUCGUGAGUGACACGAACAACGCUACGAGCUGCACGCGACGAGCUCCCCGUUAGCCUCGCGACCCUCCCCGUGUGGCAUCGGACCCGCGGCCUGAGCUGCGAUGAAGCCGCCGCCUCGGAAACGUACGAAACCAGAACGCCAGCGGACUCCUGACCCGCCGAAGACCCCGCGCAAAGGGCCCGUUCAAUGGCAACGGACCGAGUUGAAGAACCUCCUGAAAGCCCUGCAGAUACUCUACAAAAAGUCCGCGGGGAACAGCGACAUCGACUACGAUUACCUGAAGAAACACGUCCCCACCCGGUCCAUUACAGAGCUCCAGACUCUGGUGGACUUUUUGAAGGACAACAUGCUCUCAUUGGUGAGCUUCAAGCUGAACAAGAGGCGGUUGGAGGAGAAGAGUGCCAGAAAGCCCAUCGACAUGUGGACACAAAUGGCUUCCACUAUUGCUGGAAGCCGCGAGGAAGCCAUCACCGCGGCUUUCUCCCAGAUGCUGAUGGUGUCGUCCACGGAGCCCUGCACCCUAAAGAACUGUGACCCCCCUCAAAUCCAGAGAGUCAAGGACAAUCCUGGUGGCCGCACCCUCCCCGUGAGGCCGAUGCCGAGGAUGCCGAUCCAAGUAAAGCAUCCGAAGACCAGCACCACCCUUCCUGCGGUGCUACUCAAGACCCCGGGUCCCGCCAAGGGCCCCGGCAUAAGGCCCUCAGCCCCAUCCCAAGCGGUUUGUGUGCUAAACGGCAAACCACAUCCUUCUACCACAGCUGGAACUUCAGCUGCCAGCGCCCCCACCCCGAUGUCUGCUUCCACCCCCAGUCGAUCGGGUGUAGCAGUAAAAAUACUUGUCGCGCCUGCUCCGUCUCCACAACCCACCUCGCAGACAUCGACCCCGGUUCCGGGCACACUUGGUUCUGGCUCUGCAACGCCGGUAAAGACUCGGAGCGUUGGCCCGUCUCUCAUCCAAACCCCCCAGCUACCCUCCGCCCAAAGCCCCACCACCAUCUCCGCCUCCUCUCCAUCCGAGCCCCCUUCAUCCGGUCCUCACGCACCCAUCCCCUCCAUUCCCACCGGCCAGGCUCCGGUCCCCAGCACCCCGCCGCCCUCCUCCGCCGCCACACAGCUCUUGCUCUCCACGCCCCCUGCGGGAUGCUACGCCAAGUUUAGUUGCACCAGCAACACCAGAAAAGACAAUCCCAGGGUGUCAGGCGUCAUGGGUGCAGUGGAUUUUGAGAAGAUCUAUGGCUACCUGAGCUGCAUCCACCAACCCAACAAUGACUGCAAUCUCACCCCCAUGGAGAGUGCCAUAAUGUUGGACCUGUUGAUGUCUCUUCCCGAGGAGCUCCCCCUACUGGACUGCAACAAACUGCACAAACAUCUGAACCAGGUGUACCAAUUUCUGUCCUCCACCGCUGACUCCAAAAUGGCGCAACAGAUGUUCGAAGAGCUGAAGGAGGGACUUUGUGCCGGAGGAGACGAACGAGGAGACAGUCAGCACAGCCCCGCUCAGGCCAGCGGGGGGAAGAACCUGCAGCCCAACCAAGCUGAGAGUGAAUCCUCAGGGAGCGCUGAUGCACCUGGCCAAACCUCAGGGAGCGCUGAUGCACCUGGCCAAACCUCAGGGAGCGCUGAUGCACCUGGCCAAUCAGGGAACUUGGUUCUCUGCCCCGCCCUCAACCCUUUUGUGGUGCCACUGAAACUGUUGAUGCGUAAAUAGGUUGAAAUAUUCAAAAUGUGUGUAUUUAUUGUGCAGUAUGCUUUAGUUAUGUCUAGACUCUGUAAUUCUAUAUUGUUCUUUUGUAAUAUUUAGUUUGUUUUAGACAAAUCUGCUUUAUUCAAAAAUAAAUGUUGUCUUUGGAUCAUUAAAGAAUGUAAACAUGUUCUAGUAGAAACCCCAGAUAUGAACCUAAAAACAUAGUAGGACUAAUUGAAACGAAAGUGAUGGUUUUGUGUUGAGUUGCAGCUGAUAAUUACAUGUCCAGUUGAUGUUCUGCAGAUUGCUUCAUUUAUUGCUUUGGAUCUUAAUCUCAUAAAAAAAUCAUCGCAAUUUA